AUGGGAAGCGGGACCAAAAUCCCCAAUCUCAAAGCCCUAGAUUCCCCAAUUCGACGAGGACAGAAGAUGAUGCGGUAUGUAGGAUUAGGAAACACCUUGGCUGAGGCUUGUGGCAAGGGGAGGCUGCAGUAUCGUCAUUUUUCAUUCGCAAGUGAGAAAGUUGGGAAUGCCGGCACCAAAAUUGCUGCUAAGUACUUCUUUCAAAGUGUAUUUUGUGGUGUUGGAUUCGUGAUCGGUGGUCUGACAUCAAGCCCCGUUGGGAAGCAAGUUCAGGAAACUGAAGAGAUAGCAAUAGAAAGAUUGCAGCAUUUGGAUGAACGCGAAGCCAGAUUGAAGGCAUUACUGGAAAAAGAAGACUACUGA